AGUUUGCCUUCCCAUGCAUUCCAUUUCAAGCAAAAAUAUUCUUGACUGCUGAGGUAGAGCCACCAUUUAUCACAGUUUGCAGCAAACAUACUUUUUGUGCGAUGGCAACACCAACUUCCUUAUCGUUCGCCGUCCGAAGGUGCGAACCAGAAUUGAUUGCUCCAGCUAAGGCCACACCUCAUGAAUUCAGACAGCUUUCUGAUAUUGAUCGCCAACUAUACCUCCAAUUUCAAUCACCACAUUACAACUUGUAUGCACACAAUCCAUCGAUGCAAGGGAAAGAUCCUGUGAAGGUAAUAAAGGAGGCAAUUGCGCAGGCACUUGUGUAUUAUUACCCUUUUGCUGGUAGGAUUAGACAAGGGCCAGACAAUAAGCUUAUAGUUGAUUGUACUGGUGAGGGUGUCUUGUUCAUCGAAGCCGAUGCCGAUGCCACGGUCGAGCAGUUUGGUGAUCCAAUUCCAUCUCCAUUCCCAUGCUUUCAGGAACUUCUUUACAACGUCCCAGGAUCAGAAGGGAUCCUCAAUACCCCAUUAUUACUUUUUCAGGUGACACGCCUGAAGUGUGGUGGUUUUGUACUUGGGUUCCGUCUUAAUCACCCAAUGACCGAUGCACUCGGCAUAGUUCAGGUAUUGAAUGCCAUAGGUGAGAUUGCACGAGGUGCCCAAGCCCCUUCAAUUCUACCUGUGUGGCAAAGGGAACUCCUCUGUGCUAGGAAUCCGCCACGAGUUACAUGCAGACACAAUGAAUAUGGUAAUGAUGCUCCUGUUGCUGUUGAUCCUACAGCAAAGGUGCCUGAAUUCCACGGCCAGGUUCACGCUGUAGCCCACCGUAGUUUUGUUCUCAACCGCAAGGAAUUAUCCAACAUUCGUAGAUGGAUUCCUUCUCAUUUACACCCAUGUUCAAAUUUUGAGGUAAUAAGUGCAUGCUUAUGGAGAUGCUAUGCCAUAGCAUCUCAAGCUAACCCUAAUGAGGAGAUGCGCAUGCAAAUGCUUGUCAACGCACGUUCCAAAUUUAACCCUCCAUUACCGAAAGGAUAUUAUGGUAACGUGCUAGCUUUGCCAGCAGCUGUAACAAAUGCUAGGAAGCUUUGCUUAAACUCUUUAGGGUAUGCAGUGGAAAUGAUAAGAAAUGCCAAGAAUAGAAUAACUGAGGAGUACAUGAGAUCAUUGGCUGAUCUAAUGGAGAUAACCAAAGGGCAGCCUAUAGGGUUACAAUCAUAUGUCGUGUCAGACUUAACAAGUAUUGGGUUCGAUCAGGUGGACUAUGGAUGGGGCAACACAAUUUACACUGGGCCACCCAAGGCCAUGCCUGAUGAAAUUUCUAUUGCAGGAACCUAUUUCCUGCCGUAUCGAUUCAAGAACGGAGAGCGUGGGGUUAUGCUUUUGGUUUCCUUACGUGCACCAGUUAUGGAGAGAUUUGCAAUACUAUUAGAGGAAUUGGCAAGGCAUGACCCAGAAAGAAGCCAAGAACAACAAGAAAUGAUACCAAGCUCCCUAUAAGACAGAGGAAAGGCUAUGAUAUGAUAUUAUUCUAUUCUUGGCCGGAUAAGCCUUUGGUACCAAAAAAAAUAUUUUAAAGCAGAUGGUGGCGAGGUUUGAAUAAGCCUUUAAAUUUAUUUACUACCAGCAAGCCCGUACUCUUUGACCUUGUUGUGAUUGUAUACUUAGAUAUAUGAGUUGGAGUUGUAAUGAAAAUUUGGUGAUUUGUGUGGUUUCAAAUUGUUUACAGUUGUAAAAUUUAAGUCUCAUGACUUUUAUAUUCAAUAAUAAGAUCAAUAUUUGGUUUCCAA